AUGCAGAGAAUCUGCGCUCCCGCCAUGUCGGAUAAUUCGCAAAAGGCGCGUGUGGGAGCCUCGCCGACCCCGCCUUCGGGGCUUGUUGCAAGAACGUCUUCAGGUGUCGAUACACUCGAACUGCCGCAGCACGGAACGCUUUUCGGCUUGCUUUCUCCCGAUCAAGCUCGUGUCGUUGCCGCUCCCCCCGAGAGCAGCGUCUGUGUUUUGGCAGGUCCUGGAGCAGGCAAGACUACGACGAUAACGGCUCGCGUGAUUCGGCUGCUGUUGCUGGGGAGGCAGCCGCUUGCAGCGUUGACGUUUACGAAGAAGAGCGCCUUGGAGCUUGAGAGACGCAUUCGUGGGGGGUUGGAGAGUCUGCGUGGUGUGGUGGGGGGAUCGCAGGAUGUGCAGCUGUUUGUGGGAACGUUUCACGGCUUUUUCGCUCAGCUUUUGCGAGAUCAUGGUCGUUCUGUAGGCGUGCCUGGAGGCUUCCGUGUCUUAGGGCCGGUGCCGCAGCUGGUGCUGCUGCGGAGUCUGAUUCUCGAGGAGAAGAAGCGACAAGAAGCGCACCUGCUCCCCUCGGGGGGAGAGAGGAGCGUGCACGCGCAUGCGCCUGCAACGCCUAUUGUCGAGGGGGAUGCGGGGGUAGCUUUUUCGACUGCUGCGCGCGAUGCGGAGGAGCUUCGGAGGCGGAUUCGGUCGAUGAAGUGCAUUCCAGAAGUGCUCGAAAGGGAGCGGACGGCGAACUCAGUCGUGUACCGCCUUUUCUGCGCCUACGAAAGCCACCUGCGGAGACACAAGCCACCCCUGCUCGACUUCACUGACCUAGUGACUUUAGCGAUUCGGCUGCUCGAGCAGGCAGAGACUCGCCAUGCGCUUCGCGCACGCUGGCCAUACCUGGUUGUCGAUGAAUUCCAAGAUACCAACAGCAAGCAGUUCAAGUUUCUGUGUCUCCUGAGGCUGAUGACUCCCAACGACAGACUCCACACCAGCAUCUUCCACGAUUACCGAAGUCGCUUUCCAGCGUAUCAGGAGUUUGUUUUAGGAUGCAAUUACCGAUCGGUUCCCCUUGUUGUUCGUCACAGCGGUGCUCUUAUUCGCUUCAAUUGGCCUUUUCGACUUCCCAAGACGCUCUACGCUGCCUGUACACUUGCCGCAAGCGCCACCUCGCCCUCUUCCUGCUCACGUGCCAAGGCUUUGCAAAACUCAGAAUCGCCAUCGCUAGCGGCACUUAAAUCACCCCUCGUGCGUACUGCUUCUCAAAAAGACAACAACAAUGCAUCCGGUGGUUUUGUUGCUGGCGCGUUUUUGGCCACCCAAACGUUAGAGGCGCAGUACAUCUUGCGAUUUAUUUUGUGCUUGAAACAGCAUGCUGGUUUGCGAUGGGAUGACUUUGCAAUUCUUUGUCGGACGAAUGGAGCGUUGAAGGAUGUGCAUGCGCUUAUAAGCAGCCAUGCCGUUCAGCGGGAAGCAUCUGCACCGACAGUGGGGUGGUGUUUUACGUCGAGCACGCAUGCAGCUGCAUCCUGCGGCGUAGCUGCAAGGCCCCUCGAUCCGAACAGUCCGUUAGAUCCUGCUUUCUUGUUUCCGUCUGUCGAUGUCUCGCGCUUCAAUCUACCCGCCGGAGGCAUCCCGCUGACUGCCCCUUCUUCCCUUCUGAAGAGCAGCGGAGGGGGAGGCGCUGAGCUCUUUCUUCGCCCAGAUGCGUUGGACGUGCUCGCGUAUCUGCGGCUAGCCGUGGAUCCUCAUCACGAUGCCUCCUUCGUUCGCGCGCUGAACAAGCCCCAAAGACGCAUAGGCUCUAAGACGCUUCUGUGGCUAAGACGAGUGCUGCUGCAUGCGCGAGGCGAAGCGACGGAGGAGGCGUCUUUCCUAGCUCCAAAUGCGAAAGCUGAAGGCGGGGAGAUGCCGUGGCAAGGCCUCUUCUGUUCAGCACCCCGCGACGUCAACUUCGAAAAGACUGCUGGUGGGAGGGGGGCACAGGCAUCUCUUUUCAGCGCCAUGUGCGCAGUGUUGCAAGCCACCAGUCGUCUCAACGAGGAGGCUGGCUCGAGCGGAGAGGAUGCUCUGGCAGGCUUUGCCUCCAACGCACCAGCACCAGCGCCGCUGGAAUCUUUUGUCGCUGCAGCUGUGCAAGCCAUUCCCCAGCACGUGGCAGCAGCAGCGAAAGAAGCGGCCUCCCGACUGCGAACGAACCAGCUCGAUGCCUUAGCCGCUUUCUUUCAAGCACUCUGCAGGCUGCAUCGCAUCUCUCGAUCUGCUGUGCCUGUCACGGCAGUGAUCGGCUUCCUUCUGGGGCCCUUAAGGCUUGGCGUCUUCUUCGGGGAACGGGGAAAGGCUCAGCUGAAACGCGCGCCAGAGUCGCGCACUCCGGAGAAAGCGACGACAGCGGCAGCAGCAGGAGGCUGCUGCGAUGAGGAGGACAAGACGAGGAAAGACGAGCUUGGAGAACCUCCAUCUUUUACUGAUGCCAAGGCAACGCUGAAGGAGCUGGCUCAUGAAUACGGGCUUGACAGCUUUGCAGAUGUUCACGGCUUGCUCAGGGCAGUAGAGGCAUACACCCCCAACUGGCAGCAGAAGAGAGCGGCAGACUGCAUCUGCUGUCUGCUUCAGGAUGCAGCUGCGGGGCGCUUUUUGCAGCAGAAAGUCGUAAAUGCCAUAACGCUUUCCACCAUCCAUCAAGCAAAGGGUCUUGAGUGGCAGGCAGUUAUCAUCGCUAGAGCCAAUGACGGGACCCUGCCUAUGGGAGCAAGUGGCAGCCAGCCGCUGGCUGACUUCGUUUCUCGCGUGUUGCUUGGCACUGCCUCAGCGUCUCAGGGGAGGCCGUCGGGAGCUGGGGAGCAGCAGGCCUUAGUCGCGGAGACGCUUGCUCGGGCAGAGGAAGCGGUGCUGCGGCAAGGUUUGGGGAACGAGCAGCACUUGCAUCUGAUGGAAGAAAGGAGGGUCUGUUACGUGGCAAUGACCAGAGCCAAACGCUUCAUCCUCAUGACGGCCCCCUUGGCAGACAAGAACAACCACCCAAUCCAGCCCUCCAGAUUCUUUGGAGAGGCUGGGUUGGUCGUGCCGAGCCGUCCCCAGAGUCGAGAGGUGCAGGCUUCCAGAGGUGUCGAUGGAAGCAGGAAGAGCACUACUGGCGGCAAAGAAACCACGCAUGAAAAAACACUGAAGCCAGUUGCUGCAGCCCUCACAGCGAGGGCAGCGACGCCGCUACCAAAAGUGCCAGCAGAGUGGAAUUAA